ACGUGCUGGAUUAAGCGGGCUAUAAAGCCGGUCGCUCAUAAUAGCAGCAAUAAGUAUCACCCUCACUAGCACACCAUGCCCCCCCUUCGCGCACACAGCCCUCAAUCCCCCACAUCUCCAAUGCGUCCCAAGAAGACCGUCGUACUCCCAGGCUUUCGCGCACCUCCAAAGCCCAAGCCCAAAUCCAUCUCCCAAAUGACUGUGCGAGAACUACAUGACCAGCACGAUCAGAAUGCAAAACUGUUAAGCUCGUCAUCAGCCUGUACGUCUGCCCUCGGACAACGCCUUUCGGCCGAGCAAGCAUCCAUCGAAUCUCGCCUGCUCGAACUCGAGGGCAUCGAAGAAAUUCGCAGAGGUCUUAAGAAGACUAACAUCAAUGCUGACGAGAUCAUGAUUGUCGACCAACCGCGCAUGCCUCGUGUAAUCGAUGCUAAACAUAGGGCUUUGUCCCGCUACGCACCCAUCGCGCCAAAUGGAGCUCAACAGGUCGGCUCGCUAAGUUUACAGGAAGCAGUAGAGCUGGAACAACGUGCCCAUGCCCAAGACGCAGCAAGACAACAACGAUUAGACGAACGUAAGAGGCGCAUAGGGCUCCCGAUCAGAGGUGAAGUUCUUUCCAGAGCAGAAAUGGAUGCACGGAUGCGGGCCUUCAUAAACUACAAGCCAACGGAUUCUGACCUCGAAGAUGAUAUGGAUGAGGACGAUGAUGAUGACGAAGACCCGUCAACAUGGUUUGAAGACGACCAGGAUGAUGGUGUCAAAGGUCAAGACAUUAUCGAACCGGACUUCGAAGAGCUCUCUAGCAUUAUCCGAGUUGAUGAGAGCAGAGCGCGGUACAGCACCUUCUUCGAACCUAGGGAUGGUGAUUGACAUGCAUAACAUAAUACCUAUAAUAUGUGAGAUAUGCACUAUUUUACUUGUAGUCGUAUUAUGUGACGUUAGUUGGAGAAAGUGUGCAUGAGCAUGCAUAUGAUUCGAGAGUGUUGGAAAACCAAAUAGCAAAACUGAAGAUACCCUGUGCGUCUUUCGUCUACCGCGCGUGAAUGGGGCAGCUUCUACCUCUCUUCAACCAAGAGGACAGACAAGCUAGAUCAAGCAUUGAUUAGCAUGGCUGUGCUUACUGAAGGCAAGUGCUCACGGACCAUUGUGGAAACUACAGAAGCAG